AUGUGGACUGGUAGUUAUCGUAUUCCAAUCGUUACACUCACUGGAUCACUUGAAAAAGAUUUACUCUUCAUUGAUAAAGUCUUAGGAGCUGGUGAGUUAGCGCUCAGUGAUCAUAGAUCAAGUUGGCCAUCAAAAUCUGAACUUGAACAACUACUUAGUGAUGCACGAGUCGCUGGAAUGCUUAGUGGAAAACCAGGUGUAAUUCACUUUCAUAUGGGUUCAGCUCCAACAAAAAUCGAUUUGCUUUGGCAAAUUUUAAAAGAAACAGUCAUUCCAAUUCAACACAUGUAUUUGACUCAUGUUUCAUCACGUGGAGAUGCUCUGAUUGAAGAAGCCAGAAAAUGGAUCAAAGCCGGUGGCAUGUGUGAUUUUACUGCUGAUGCCGAAACGCUCAAUGAAACAGAAACAAUCAAUACGUUGAAUAAGUUUCGAGCAGAGAACUUACCAUUGAAACAAAUUACAGUAUCCAGUGAUGCUUACGGAUCAUUGCCUGAAUACGAUUCUUCGGGUCGCUUAGUGUCCUAUAGCAUGGGUCUUCCAGAUGUAACUUUGAAAACAAUACAAAAUUUAGUAUUGAAAUAUUCAUGGCCUAUCGAAGAAGCGAUCCAAUUUUCAACAUCAAAUCCAGCAACAUACCUCAAUUUGAAAGGCAAAGGCUUUUUGGCUGAAGGUUAUGAUGCCGAUGUUCUUGUUCUGAAUCAAACGGACUUGACACCGUUGUAUGUCAUCGGAAGAGGACAAAUAUUGAAAACACCAACAUGGGUAAAACAUGACAUGUUCGAAGAUAUUAAUGAAUAA